UUGCAAGAAUAUGGAUCGGCUGGUCAACACUCAAAGAGAAUGAUUGCAGUUCUCCGAAUCCGCCACUACUUGAUCUCGAUUCAAUAAAAAAGGUCGUGGAAUAUGAGUUACUUAAAAAUUCAUCAACACUAUCCCAGCCAAAGAAAAGAGAGAUAAAGGAAUGUGGGCCAAAGUUUAUAAGAAAAGGAGACGUAUUCCACCCCAUCUUUGGACUAAGGAGUCGUUUAAGCAUGGUAUUUGGCCCGCUCCUGAUUUUUGCCUUAUUUAUAAAUAUAAUGUAGAUCAAGUGAUAAUAUCUACCAACACAUCAAUAUCACUUAUUAAAGAUUUUGAUUCGAAAGAGCUCUAUGAGUGGAUGUUACAUAGUCCAACUGCCAAUGUCGUAAUAAUUGUGGUUCAUGAAAAAUGGCCCGAAAAAUUAACUGAAAAAAUUAACGAAGCAUUUAGUAAAUCAUAUGUUUUGGUAUGGGACUGGUCGAUGUAUACCUACAGUUCAUUCCUUUUUACAGAAAAAUUGGUCGGUGAAAGGUUGUCUCAAUGGAUUCUCAAUCUAGGCAUACCGGGUGAUAAAAUUACAAUAAUUGAUCACUACCUAAUAUCUCCGAAAUACUGGCCAGUCGAGAUUAUAGAGGUAGGUGAGGAAUGGCCAGCAGUGGAUUUCGCUAUAGCAGAGCCUUACGAUGCUAACAACGUGAGCAUUAAGUUUUACAAACCGACUCACGAAGUCAUUGCUUUCGAUGUGAGCAGUCCUAGGUCGAUCAGAAGCGUGGUGCAAGGUGUAGCGCAUUUUUUUAUCAUAGUAACCGAAGAACCUGCUGAAAAAUGGGCUCAUGACUUGAAGGAUAAGUUACUCAAAGCAUCCACCUCUAACUACGUCAUUAUCGUGGAUUGGUCCAUGUACGUUUUCAACUCGUACAUGUUUACUGCUGCUUACUCUAAGAGAGUUGCUGAUACGGUUGCUGCCUAGGUUCAUAUCAGUGAAAUUCCAUCAGCAAAUCUGGAAAUGAUAGGUUAUGCCACAAGUGGUCACGUGAUUGGUUUGAUGGGACCUUAGAGAGAACUACAUCGUAGAACGGAUGGUGGUGUUAGACCCAGCCCAUAGGAUGUGAAGCAUCAUUGAAAGUCAACAUGCAAUCGGCUAAUCUGGUUCAAGUUAUCCACACUAAUAUCGGAUACUACGGAUAUUCUGAUCCUUUAGGUCACUUUGACAUAUAUGCUAACGACGGAAUCUAUCAACCGCAUUGCAAGAGCGCAGAAAACGUUAACAAGUGUUCUCAUAUGGCUGCCGUUCAAUAUUACAUGGAUUCGAUUAAAAUUCGCGCUCAAGCCAGAGAAACAGAGUACUAUAACGGUACUUUAACGUCUGAGGGUAAAGCAUACGUCGACUUUGGUUAUUGGUUAACUUCGUAUACAAAAUACAAACCUGGAGUUUACAGGUUGGACACUAAUGAGGAUUAUCACUACUUAAACGGAUACGUUGAUCUGUCUGAAGACGAUCUUGUUAUGGAACCAACGAAGUUCUCAACUCGACUCGCUACAUCCACAGAGAUUUCAGACAAAUCGUUUUUAGCGGUUUUUCUAACUAUGUGAAAACAGAGUUUAGCGUGGAAAGUCCUCUGUACAGGAUACCGUUACCUGCCACAUGGUUUAAUGUCUAUGAUGGCGGCCAGGUGUUUAUUAGUUUAGACAUUGAAGAAAAAACCGGCCUUGAAUGUUUAUAUAUUCUUGCUUUAGGAUGGAUAUAUUGAAAGACACAAUAUUAACAAACGUACCGAAAAGCAUGGUACUCGGUUUUACUUGGAUGACGUAUAAGUUUGGUUAUAAGGUCGAUUCGGAACUUGCCAGACCAAUAGGAGAGACUAUAGCGGAUAUUUUAACAAUUAUGUUUAGCACAUAUGUGCCACAUGACAAAGUUCACAUAAUAGGUCAUUCAAUAGGAGCCCAUGUGGGUGGUUUUAUUGGGAAGAUACUAAAACACUGACGGCACUGGAUCCUGCUGGACCCUUGUGGGUCGACGAAUUAAACCAAGAUAGAUUGACCCAUAAGGACGCCAAAAUGGUAGAUGUCAUUCAUAGCGACGUUAACUGGUACGGAUAUCCCACGAGCAUCGGCGAUGUAGACUUCUAUGUCAACUUUGGAGGCAUACAACCCAACUGUGAAGGCAAGUUAUACCACCAAGUCUAAAGCUUCAUUCAGAAAAUCGCAAUUAGUGGAAUAAAUAGUAGUUUCAAUUACACUUUAUACUUUUUAGUUUACGAUCAUUCACAAUGUUUCAAAAACACAAUUAAAUUUAAUAGAAUAUCCUAGCAACAGCUAGCAUUAGUCAGUUGCAUCCAUAGGGAAAGCCUAAUAUUUAGCUUUUAAAGCAAUCAACUUUUGAUUUCUAACCACAAUUUCUCUUGACAGAAGAUAA